CGCUCUCUGCCAGCUAACUUUUCCCGAGCCCCGACCCGCGGCGCAGAGCUCCCAGGCAGCUGCGGGGCCGACUGCCGACCUCGGGCAGAGAGCGCGGUGGUGCCCAGUAUCCCAUCCCUGCGCCCUCGGCGCGCUCCGAAGAGAACAGGACCAUGUCCCGGGCUGGAGACCGAGGCAAAGCCCUGGCGAGAUGGCUGGGCACUGGGCUUUUGGGUCUCUUCCUGCUCCCCAUGUCCUUGUCGCUGGAGGUGUCUGUGGGAAAGGCCACUACCAUCUAUGCUGUCAAUGGCACGGAGAUCCUGCUGCCCUGCACCUUCUCCAGCUGCUUUGGCUUCGAGAACCUCCGCUUCUGGUGGACCUACAAUAGCACUGAUGUAUUCAAGCUUCUCAUAGAUGGAACUGUGAAGAAUGAGAAGUCCGACCCUAGGGUGAAGUUGAAAGGUGAUGACCGCAUCACUCUGGAGGGCUCCACUAAGGAGAAGAUGAACAACAUUUCCAUUCUGCUGAGUAGCCUGGAGUUCAGCGACACGGGCAAAUAUACCUGUCAUGUGAAAAACCCCAAGGAGAAUGACCUGCAGCACCAUGCCACCAUCUUCCUCCAAGUUGUUGAUAAAUUGGAAGAAGUGGACAACACAGUGACGCUCAUCAUCCUGGCCGUGGUGGGUGGAGUCAUUGGACUCCUCAUCUUCAUCUUGCUGCUAAAGAAGUUCAUCACUUUUGUCCUCAAGAAGACCCGGGAGAAAAAGAAGGAGUGUCUUGUGAGUUCCUCUGGGAAUGACAACACGGAGAACGGGUUGCCUGGCUCCAAGGCAGAAGAGAAACCACCCACAAAAGUCUGAGGCCCUGCUUCAGGCCAAGCAGCUGCAGGGGGCCUGGCUUUCUGAUCCUGACACUGAUGCUUGAGCCCGUCCGUCCGUCCGUCCGUCCGUAGAACCCACGUGCCUGAGACAUCUGCUGCUUGGCUCAAACUGUAGUCCUCCCGGGCAGGGAGAAACCAGUGUCCUGCCCAGCCUGCCCCACACCCUCCCCAGCCAGGGCUUCCCAGGGACAAGGACUGGCCAGGGAAGGGGGCCUGUGGAAAGUUCAGGAAAGGGAAAGGCGGGGCUGGUCCCCCGACACCUGGGAAGACGGGGGCUCUUUCUGGCUCCCCCCACUGAGUGAGCAGGACCUUGAUUUUCCUUCUGAUUUAUCCUCAAGAGGGACUUGGGGGAUCAGUGAGCCUGCCCCAAAAGCUGGACCUUGGAGCCUUGUGUGGGGAACAAACCCUUUUGGGUGGGAGGGGGCUAAAGGACUCUGGAGAAGGCCUUGGGGUGGGGGUGCUACUGGAGGUGGGGCCACAAUGUGAGGCCAACUUGAUUGGUGGGAUAACUGGUCUCUCACAGACCCUGAAAUUGGGAGGUCCCCUUCCCCCCACCUUGGAGUGCCUGGCUGCCUUGUCCUUUUCUCCCUGUCCUGUCCCUAGCUCCGAGUUUCUAAGUCCUCUGAGUGAGAGUUGGCCAUCUUGGUCUUGAGGGGUCCCAGCCCACCUAGCCUGUCCCUCUGCUCUCUGUGUGGUCUUGGAGAGGCCCCUCCAGCCUUUCUGGAGCACUAGAGUGCUAACCUACAUUUUUUCUAGCAUUUCCCUGGGGGAAUCGGGCUGCAGAGGUGGGCAAGCCAAUGUCCUAGGCCUCUCGGCCAUUGCCACGCCCACUCCAGCCCCACAUGCUGGCAGCCCUUGACCUUGGCAUGGCAGGACCAUGGCCACCCUGAGCACUCCUGACCCCAGCUCCCCGCUGCUCCGACCCUUCCCUUGAAACAGCAGGUGAUGUCAUCUUGCUUGAGGGAGUUGUCCCCUUGAACCUCCAUCUCAUUGGCUUGCUCUUCCUGGGCACCCCCCAUCACACCUUUGUCCCCCGUCCCCAGGGUUGCUCAUCCCCAGCCUUUGGUUUGCCUUGCCUCAGGGAUUCUCUUCUUUGGGUGAGAGAGCCCUGGAGUUUUCCAGGUGCUUUUUGCUCAGCUGGGCCACCCCAGUCCCACCCUGGGGCUGGGGAGGAGCAGGGAGAGGGUGCCCACACUCUUCCUCUGCUUUUGGGAGAACUGGUUUGCAUACCCCUUGAGGGUGGGCUAGACUGUGCCUUAGCUCCUGGAGUCGGGGCUCCUAUGCCCUCCCCUGAACUGCGCAUUCUGGUGUGGUCCCCACCCUCUCCUUCCCAGUAUCAAUGAGGAGGCCAUGAAGCUGGAGUUGUGUCAUUGACAUCAGUGACUGAGUCUUGGAGACACCUGCCAGAUGCUCCCAUCCAGGACCCUGAUGGCAAGAUGUCAUGAUGGGGCCUCAUGAUUGUGUGGGGUCCCAGCCCCUCUCUCCCUUUUGGGCUGACACUCUGUCUUCUGGGCCCAUAGGAGGGGUGGAGAGAAGUAGAUCUUCUUUCCAAAGGACAUGGGGGUGGCCUCAGGACUCUCCUGCCCAGAGGCAAUUACCAGCAUCCCUGAGGGUGGAACUUGGGAGGAAUUUGAGGAGCAGCAGUACCUGCAGGAUGCCCAUGGCUGGGGCUAGUGUCCCUUGCCCAACCUGAUGGGUUUGCAGAUCCCCACUCUGAACUGCCCCCUCCCCUCCUUUCCUUCUUCAAGGACCAGGGGUCAGAUUUCUUGGCUUUGGGAAUAGACAGAUCAGAGCCCCCAGAUACUUAGAAAAUUUCUUCCAGCUGCCUUCAUGCAAAAACCACUGCUUUCUUCUCCCUUCCCAGUGUCAACAUUUGAAGAGAGUGCCUGGGGUGCCUCUUGCUUUCUUGAGAGGAAUCCCAGGCAUAGGGCAGUGGAAGAGUUAGGGCAACCUCCUCUCCCCUCUUCUAGGUCUUCUGCUGAAUUAUAGGCAGGCCUCGCAGCUUCUCUGGGCUCAGCUUUUCCAUCUAUCCAGUGGGUGUAAUACUACUUACCUACCUCACAGGACUGUCGUGGGACUUGGCAAGUUUUGUUUUAAAAAUCUUUUUAGCUUGGAAAGGGAUUUGGGAAGCAGUUUUAUAAUUGGAGGGAUUGUUCCAAGUCUGUCAUGUCCUCAUCUCUGUGUCCCAUCCCUACAACACACACACACACUCUUUCCACUCCUCCCCUUUGGAAUUCUUUAGUCUUUGUAAUGUUAGAAACCUUGACUCUGACUGAGGCCUGAAGCUUCUUGUCCAUGGCUCUUGUUUGGUGGUUUCCAAUAGAGAUGAUUGGGACCGUAAGGGGCAUAUUUCUCGCUAUCCCAAUGCCUGGGUCACUACUGGUUUUAGUGAGUGGGGUCUAAGAGUGUUUAAUUUAGUCUCCACAACAAAGAAUGUCCUGUUUCAAUCACAGCAUUAUGCCCCUCGAGAAGCAUCUGAAUGGAUUUGCAAUAGGGUGCCUACGGGCACAAGUGGAUCCUAGGUACAUGCAGGUCUCCAAUGGUGGGUCAGGGCUGGUGAGGGUGUUCCCAGGGCUUGUGGGCUCGAGAGAUCCGUUUGCAAAGUUGCUCUUGAGGACCCUGGGCACUGCCAGUGAUGUCCGUGAGACCAAAGACAAAGUUCAGAACUCCUCAUCCUUGACCUCAGAUUAGGAUGUGUGCAGUGGAUGCCUUGGGUUUCCCACAUGUUAGGAUUAAACAGAAGGCAGUCAGAAUGAACUUGUGAUGCUAAAGAUACCUGGGAGAGGGGCUGAUGAGGUUCAGCUUUGCACACAUCUGGCUGGCCAGCUCUUAUGGAGCCCAGGCUUUGAGGGUGUGCUCGGGAGACGGUGCGGGGUCGGGGGGGUACUCAUGUGUAGUGAUGCACACUCAUGCAAACCUGCCUGUGCAGGCAAUGCAGGUGCGAAAGUGGGACCUUUAAAGGGGGCAGCUAUGCAUGAAAGGGGUGGUGUGUGAUGGGGGAGUCACUGAAGAUUUCAGGAGCCAUUUUCCUGGCCAGAGCUGGAGGUUGAGAAAGAAUAAGACAUGGAGGGAAAGGCCAGCCAUGCUCCUGGAUCUCAUCUCUCUGUGACUCCAUCUCUGUUACAGCUGCCAUCAGAGGGCUGUGGGGAGGGAGUGCCAAGAGUGGGGACUUCUGGGGAAAAUCCUAUGGCUUGCUGCACUUUACUUUGUCCCAGGUUGGAGUCCCUACCCUCCCACCUCUCACCUGAUAUGCAGUGCUUUCGACUAUCUUAUGCAUGGUUUAUUCCUCUGGCUUGGAUGACAAUACCCAUAGUAAAUUUCCUAUAUAACUUUAUAGAUCAAACGAUGCAGUGGCGGGCCUUAGGAGCCCCAGGGUCCAAGGGUGCCUCUGGGAGGCACAGAUGUGCACACACCCUGCACUAACUCGUGUUCAAGCACAGAAUGGACGUGAUCAGACUGUCUUGCCUCUACAACAUGUUUUGCAUUAUAGAAUUGUAUUUAGCUUUGCCUUGGAUGAAAUAAAAAUUAUAUUUAAUACUU